ACAGCAGACGCAUGUGUUUUAUACUUACGGGGUGAAAGUCCACAGAUUUUGUCUGUUUGUACUGCUAAAACUCGCAACUGACAGCUUCUCAGGCUCUGUAAAUCUGAGCAAAGACGUCUGUUGCGUCGAUCUAGAUAGGUUGUCAAUUAAGCUAGCGUUUAUUAUUUUUUUUAAGAGGAAAUUUAAUCCGCUGUUCGCAGAUUGAUUCAAUAACAGAAUAAAGAGCCUCAGUCAAUCAUCAUGGCGGAAAUUGUCCACGAACGUUCAUUAGCAACUCAGUUAUUUCAGCUCGUGCGUGUCCUUUUCCUUACAGUUUUUUACAUUAUCGAGGGGGUAAUACUGGCUCUUAUUCCCAAGUCUCUCAGACAAAGGAAGUCUGUCAAUAAUGAAAUCGUGUUGGUGACAGGCGCAGGCAGUGGUAUUGGCAGACUACUGUCGAUAAAAUUUGCACGGCUGGGUUGCCGUCUGGUUCUCUGGGAUAUCAACGAAUCUGGAAAUCAAGAAACUGCGGACGAGGUUAAGAAAUAUGGUGCCCGCGUCUAUGCUUACACAGUUGAUCUGAGUAAGAGAGAUGAAGUUUAUAAGACGGCUGAACAGGUAAAGAAGGAUGUGGGAGAUGUGGACAUACUGGUGAACAAUGCUGGUAUUGUGACUGGGAAGAAGUAUCUUCAAUGUCCAGAUAAUCUUAUAAUCAAAACAAUGGAGGUGAACGCCAUGGCACAUUUCUGGACAGUCAAAGCUUUCCUGCCUAAAAUGUUGGAGAAAAAUCAUGGCCACAUUGUCAGCAUUGCCAGUGCUGCCGGGCUGGUUGGAGUGACAGGCCUUGCUGAUUACUGCGCCAGUAAGUUUGCCGCUGUUGGCUUCGACGAAUCGCUGCGCUAUGAACUGGACGCCAUGAAAAAAAAUGGAAUCCAUACAACAGUUGUCUGCCCCUACUACAUCAAUACGGGAAUGUUCACAGGGGUGAAGUGCAAGCUAAUCCCGUUGUUGGAGCCAGAGUACGUUGUGACUACGAUCAUGGACGGCAUCUUGAUGAACCAAAGCACAGUGUACAUUCCACGAACGAACUACUUGUUCAUUCUCUUGAAGCAUAUGUUGCCUACCAAGGCCUCUAUGCUAGUAGCAGAUGUACUGGGUAUGAAUUCAGCCAUGGACGAAUUUGUGGGGAGAGAGAAAGUGGAGUGAAAAGACGGACAUAGAUGAAGCCAAGUAAAGCAUGCUUUCUCCAGGACGUCUUGUAAUGAUUAUUAUACAUUGUAAUUUCUGCUGUAUGGAAAUGAUUUUAUUAUAUGACGACCAAUGAACACUAAUUAUUCUUUUGUCUUCCUUAUGGCCGUUAAGCCGUCUCACACCAGGGUAGUUGGUGAUAGGGAGGCGUGGGUUCAAACCUGGUCCGGGGCAGGGUACCUUGUAGAUUCAUUCACUCUUGCUGCUUGUGGGGCAUUGGUGACAUGAUGAAAUCUAACGAUGGUUGAAGGCUACUUGCCCUUAACCAGUAUGGGCCGCAUACCUGUACAAAUGUAGGAAAGUGCAUCAAUAACUUGCCAAAGGUCAGUGGUUUAUGAUGGGAACCCCAAUUCCUUCCAUCCAUAAAGCUGACUCUCAUCGCUUAAGGGAAAAUUUCGUGAUUUUGACACUGAACAACAUGGAGAUAAGUUAAAAGGUUGCUGUGAAAAUAUUUGUGACUGAGGAUAUUUGCUGACCUUGGGUCUUUGUCUGACUUCAUACAUGAAAACCGCUGAACUUACCG